AUGCCAGCUACUUUAAUUAUUGGUGGUAAGUCAUCAGUUGUUGCAUACUCUGAAUUGAUUGCUGCUCGUAUUGUCAAUUCUGUUAAGCCAGAUUCAAUUACUAUUGAAUUUGUCGAAGAUAAGAAGGCUGCUGCUGCUUCUUUAAAUGGUGAAACUGAUGAUGUUUUAUCCAAAAUUGUUUCAGCAAAUGCUGAUGUUUUCCCAGAAGGUGUCACUGGCUCCGAAGAAUGGGUCAAAUUAGCUGUUAGUGAAUUAGUUAUCAAAAACUUCCAAAAGUUAGCAACUUCUUUAGAUAAAUUAGAUGCUCACUUGAACUUGAGAACUUUCAUCAACGGUGGUUUGAGUUAUUCUAUUGCUGAUAUCGCUUGUUGGGGUGCUUUAAGAUCCAACGGUAUGGUUGGUUCUAUCAUUAAGAACAAAGUUAAUGUAAAUGUUUCCCGUUGGUACACCUUAUUUGAAUCUAACCCAAUUUUUGGUGAAGCUAAUGAAUUCUUAACUAAGUCGUUACAAGAAUUAAAAAAAGCUUCUUCUGCUGGUAAAAAGAAGGAAACUCACAAGGCCAACUUCGAAAUUGAUUUACCUGAUGCUAAGAUGGGUGAAGUUGUCACUCGUUUCCCACCUGAACCAUCUGGAUACUUGCACAUUGGUCAUGCCAAAGCUGCUAUUUUAAACCAAUACUUUGCAGACGCUUAUAAGGGUAAAUUAAUCAUCAGAUUCGAUGACACUAACCCAUCUAAGGAGAAAGUUGAAUUCCAAGAAUCUAUUUUAGAAGAUUUAGCUUUAUUAGGUAUUAAAGGUGACAGAAUCACUCAUUCCUCGGACUAUUUCCAAGAAAUGUAUGAUUACUGUAUCCAAUUGAUUAAAGAGGGUAAGGCUUACUGUGACGACACUCCAGUUGAUAAAAUGAGAGAAGAGCGUAUGGAUGGUAUUGCUUCUGCUAGAAGAAAUCGUUCAGUUGAAGAAAAUUUAAAGAUCUUCACUGAAGAAAUGCAAAACGGUACUGAAGAGGGUUUACAGAACUGUGUUCGUGCUAAAAUUGACUAUGAGGCUUUAAACAAGACUUUAAGAGAUCCUGUUAUUUACAGAUGUAACUUAAAUCCACAUCAUAGAACUGGUACUGCUUGGAAGAUGUACCCAACUUAUGAUUUCUGUGUUCCAAUUGUUGAUUCCUUAGAAGGUGUCACCCAUGCUUUACGUACCAUUGAAUAUAGAGACCGUAACGCUCAAUACGAAUGGAUGUUGAAUGCUAUGAACUUAAGAAAAGUUCACAUUUGGGAUUUUGCUCGUGUUAACUUUGUUAGAACACUAUUAUCAAAGAGAAAGCUACAAUGGAUGGUUGACAAAGAACUAGUUUCAAACUGGGACGACCCAAGAUUCCCAACUGUCAGAGGUGUCAGAAGAAGAGGUAUGACAAUUGAAGGUUUAAGAAAUUUUGUUAUUUCUCAAGGCCCUUCAAGAAAUGUUAUCAAUCUAGAAUGGAACUUGAUUUGGGCAUUUAACAAGAAGGUUAUUGAUCCAGUAGCUCCAAGACUAACUUGUGUUAUUAAUCCUAUCAAAAUUCACUUGUCCGGUGCUGAUGCUCCAGAAACACCAAGAGUUGAAAUGAAACCAAAGCAUCCUAAGAAUCCAGCCGUUGGAGAAAAGAGGGUUAUUUUCAGUAAGGAUAUUGUUAUUGACAAAGACGAUGCCGAUGUUAUCGAAGAAGGCGAAGAAAUUACUUUAAUGAACUGGGGUAAUGCUAUCAUUGAUAAGAAGAACGCCGAUGGCUCCAUUGAUGCUACUUUACACUUAGAAGGUGACUUCAAGAAGACUAAGCACAAGAUCACUUGGUUAGCUGAAACUGAAGAUGUCACUAAGGUUGACUUAGUUGAUUUCGAUCACUUAAUUACUAAGGAUAAAUUAGAAGAAGAUGAGAGUUUUGAAAAUUUCUUGACCCCAAAUACAGAAUUCCAUACUGAUGCCAUCGCUGAUGUUAAUGUUAAGGAUAUGAAGGUUGGCGAUAUUAUUCAAUUCGAAAGAAAGGGUUACUAUAGAUUAGACGCCUUACCAAAGGAUGGUAAACCAUACAUUUUCUUUACCAUUCCAGAUGGUAAAGCUGUUAACAAAUAUGGUGCUAAGAAAUAA